GUUAGAUUGAAGUGCCAGAGGAAACCGAUGUGGUUAAGACUGGAAGAUUCCUACUGCAUAUGAACAAGUUCCUGAUAUGGGAUGGAAGCAACAUGCUGUUCGCAGAUACACUGACGGUUACAUUCCAUCGAACUCCAAAUGCCCUUUUUCUCCUCUGCCGUCGAUGCAAUACCCACCUUUGCCUUGGCUGAUCAUUUUAUGCGUCUCAUCCUAUGUCGACGUGGAUGUCUCCAAAGUACAUUAUCGAAUGGAGCGUACUAACAUGGUUACUGAUGUCUACCAUUACGGUUGCAAGAAGUUUUUGGGUUUUAAAUUUGUUUUAGUGCCAGUGGAAACCAAGGUAGUAGAGACCGGAAGAUUCCUACUGUAUUUGGAAAAGCUACGGAGGUGGGAUGGAAACAAUUUGGUGUAUGGACAUACAAUUGAACUUGUUGAAAAUGCUUGAAUAGACAGACCGUAAAGAAGACAUUCACAAUGACAACUAAUGAAGAAUUCAUAUAUACAUAUGAUAUCAAAUUCAUCCAUUUUUUUGUUACUCUUGAAAUUCUGAUUUAGUGUUUUCUCUAGUUCAUGCGACACUCUAUACGGAGCAAGAGGCAUGAAGCUAGUAGUUGUUUUUAGACUAAAGGGAUUGUUUGGUGUAAGAUUUUUUUUCCACUGUUUAGGAUAAGUGCUUUUUAUGUGUGUACUACUAUUAUUACAAUAGAAAGCUAAUUUUAGACAAUGUUUGAAGAAUAGCUUUAUCUACACAUAUUUUGCAAUUAGCUUUACUUUCUAUUAUUUGUUCUUUUCUUCUUUUUUUUCUUCUUUUUCCUAUGCGAUUCAAAAUAAGGAUUUUGAACAUGUGAGUUUGGAUAGAGAGAAAUUAGGGGAAUGUAAGUGAGAAAAUUGCAAACUAAAAGAUUAGAACUUCGUAAAUUGUCUGUUAAAUUGCACGACAUGAAUAAUAGAAAUGGAGAAGGCUAAAAGAAAUUUGACAACCCUUUUAGGCAUAUGCAUAGCUUCAAAUGAAGUACUGCUCUUAAAGUUCACAUAGAAUGAAACAUGUGGAGGACACCUUCCAAAUAAAGAGUCCCAAAGAAAUUUUAUACUGUUAAAUUGUGCUUUUUACGCAUUUAAGAUUUUUAUUAUAUUUUUCAGAAGAAUCACAUACUGAAUUGAGUUUAAUAAAAUUAGUUCAAAAGUUUUAGAAAAAGCAUUUAUUCAACUAAAAAGUGAAGAUCUAAAAUAUAAAUAAGAAAAUGAGGCAACAUAUGAGCAAACAUGCAUGGGUGUAAAACUGAGUUUGCCUUGUUGCCAUAGGCAUUAAUUCUGGAGGUUUCGGUAUUGCUUUUUUUUUCUUCUUUUUUUUCUUUUUCUUUUUUGGGUAUGGGGAUUUUGGUAUUGCUUUUCUAGUUGUUUCGCGGGGUUUCAUCGUUACAGUUGAUGCUUCUUUUUGUUGAGAUUCAACACUUGGGGUGACUAAAGUUUUUUGCUUGUAACAUAUCUUUACUUCACUUCUAUUGUUUAUUUACCUUAUUUAUUUGCAUAUCCCAAGUUGUUAAGACUUUAUUUGGAUCUUAGAUUCUUGGAAGGGUAAAAAACAAGUGAAUGAAAUAGAAGCAAAAUCUCUUCUUUUUAUUUUUCCUUUUUUAUUUAUUUUUUGAAUUUUCUCUUUCUUUUUCUUUCCUCACAAAUUUGGGAUCCAAACAAGCAUGCCCAUGACCAAACAAAUUUUUUUUUUGGAGGAGGACCGUCCAUCUCUACUAAUUCAGUGUCAUUUGCAACUUCAAUUUUUUGUGUGCUAAUUGCUUAGAAGAUCUGUUUCGAUUCGAUUCGAUUCAUUUAAAACUUUGCAACUUUAACUAUGCUGUUUGUUUUUUUUUUUGUUUUUU